GUACGGUAGUGCACAAUAAAGUGAUAAAUAAUUAAAAAAUUAAGACUGAAUUAAACGAAAUUGUGUAGAAAACAGAGCAACAUGUCUUUGGCAUUUCAAAAUGCGGAAUCCGUAAAGCAGGCCUUGUUCGAGGAGCUGCAAAAUCUAUUGAGUUCUGAGACCAAUGUACGACAAUCGGCUGAGCAAAGAAUGAAACAAUUGGAAUUUACAGAAGGUUAUGGCGUCUAUCUUUCCGAAUUAAUUAUGAAUCAAUCGUUUGAUUUGCCCUUAAGGCAAAUUGCCUGCAUUAUGCUGACACGUUAUGUUGAAAAUCAUUGGGGUGAAUGUGACGAAGAGGGCAAUCCCAACGAAGUCAGUGCUGGUGGUGUGGCUACUGAGCAGGCCAAACGCACCAUACGAAAUAUUUUACCCAAUGGCCUUUACGAUCCCAACUCAAAGAUAAGACUUUCGGUCGCCCAUACCAUUUCUACAAUUGCCGCCACCGACUGGCCUGGUGUAUGGACUGAGUUGUUUGACAUUAUUAUUAAAUGCUUGGGCGGCAAUGAGGAUUCAAUACACGGCGCCAUGCAAAUAUUGCAAGACUUUUCGUAUGAUGAAAAACAAAUUAAAGAACUUGGUCCAGUCGUCAUUUCAGAGGUCUAUCGUAUAUUCGAAUCUGAACAAAACUAUUCGAUAAAAACCCGAACAUCUGCCAUAAAGAUUCUUAAGCCACUGUUUGUUUCAAUCAGUUUGAAUAUCAUUGAUAAACAGGAACAGGCGUCCAUGAUGAAUUCGAUAUUGACCAAUUUUAUGGAAAAGUUAAUGCAUUACUUAUCAAUGAAUAGUGCAACGGCAUCGAAUUUUAUGUUGCGCACGGAAAUUGUAAAAAUUCUAACAUUCCUGGUAAUCGAAACGCCCAAAUAUAUUCAACCCUAUAUGGAACGCAUUUUGCCCAUAAUUUGGCAAUUGUUAACACAAAUUGCCGAUACUUAUGUCAAGGUCACCAUUAAUCAAACCGAGCCAAGUCCUUUUCCUGUCACCGAUGCUGACGAUGAAGAUGAGCUAACAAAUUUCUCAGCAAUGAUUAUACAAAUAAUGGAAUUCAUACAAUGUAUUAUUGGAGCCGGCAAAUUCCGUUCGACUAUUAAGAACGUGUUAACCGAUCUAAUCUACAUAAUGAUUGUUUAUAUACAAGUGCCCAUGGAACAGAUAGAAGAUUGGAAUGAAGAUCCCGAAAAAUUUGUGGAAGAUGAAGAUGAGGGCGGUGUGGAAUUGACUAUAAGAGUUUCGGGACAAGAUGUUUUGGCUGCUUUAAAUGAUGAAUUGGGACCUAAAGUGUUGACAGCUCUUCAGGAGGCUUUGGGACGUCACAUGAAUGUGGCGGAGGCUGAAAAAUCUGCGGGCAAUGUAAAUUGGUGGAAAAUUCAAGAGGCUUGCAUGGUGGCAGUGCAUGCGUUUAAUGAUCUUAUUUUGGAGUCAGAAGAACAAUUUGAUUUACUCAAUUAUUUGACCCUUGUACGCAAUUGGUUGAAUCAUCAAGAAUGUCCCCAUUUAGUGGGUCGUGCUCUAUGGACUUUGAGCACAUAUUCCAAAUCGAAACUAUUCAAUCCUCAAAUGUUGGAGGAAAUCCUAACAGUCACAUUACAAAGUCUUCAAGCUGAUAAAUCGAUAGUAUUGAAAAUAAGUGCCGUAAGGGCUAUUUAUGGUUUCGUGCAGGCUCACGAAAAAUCCGAUAUUGAUAAACGUUCCUUAAUUCAAGCUAAACUUCCCGGAUUUCUAGACGGCAUAAUGGCCAUAAUACCAGGUUGUAAAAGUUCCGUUCUGGGCAUGCUACUCGAAUCUCUUACAACCAUAAUAACGUUUGAUCCCUCAUUUGCUGUCCAGGCCCAAACGAAACUGAUUCCUUUAGCUAUUGCAGUAUUUCUUAAAUAUCCCGAAGAUCCCUUCAUUUUGGAAAUUGUACAAGAUCUAAUUAAAGCUCUAUGUCAAAAUCCUCAAUGUUUGCAGCCGCUGCAGGAGAAAUUUAUACCCACCAUUGUUAGUAUUGUAGCUUUGCAAGGUGAACAAGCCAACGCCGCCAAACAGGAUAUCGCCCUAGAUGUACUCACCACCAUUGUAAAGUAUUCACAGGCUCCACUACCUCCUGCCUUAAUAGAAAAUGCAUUCCCAGCCAUGAUUCAUUGUGUUUUACGCUCCGACGAUCAGGCUGUAAUGGUUGCUGGUGGAGAGUGUUUGCGUGCUUUUAUUUUUGUAUCGCCCGAACAAAUUUGUUCGUAUAAAAACGGCGAAGGUCUAAACUACACCAUGCAAUUGACCACAAUGUUGUUGAAUCCAAUGAACAAUGAAAUGACUGCUGGACAAAUAGGUCGCUUGGUGAUAACCAUCAUUACCAAAAUGGGUAAUUUGUUGGGUGAAAAUGUAGAUCUUUUGCUCAAGGCUGUCAUCAGUAAAAUGCAACUGGUGGAAUGUUUGAAAGUCAUCAUGAGUUUAGUAGUGAUAUUUGCUCAUCUCUUCCUCACACAAAUGGAUGCAGUUUUGAAUUUCCUGUCCACCGUGCCUGGACCUACUGGCGAACCGGCCAUGCAAUUUGUUUUCAGCAACUGGCUGGCUAAGCAAACUUCUUUCUUUGGCACCUACGAGCGUAAAGUAACCACUAUGGCUUUAUGUAAACUUUUUGAAUAUGGAGUUACUACCCAAGAUGCCCGUCUCACUUCUGUAACCAUUAAAGAUCUUGUCGAGACUGAGUCUACGGGCAAUACGGCUCGUGUUAAAACGCGCUCUCAAAGCAAUACCAAUCAUCAGUGGGUCGCUAUGCCGGCUUUGGUAAAAAUGUUUAAAUUACUCAUCAAUGAACUGGAUCAUCUUAAAGAAGCCAACUUGGCUGACUACGAAACUGAUUCGGAUGAUGACGAAGAUCCUUCUUCUGGUGCGGCAGGCGACAAACCCGCCGGUUCUUCUCCACCUAAGCCACGUUUCAUCUCUGAUUUGUAUUUCAACGAUGAUGAUGAAGACAAUACUGACGAUGAUCAGUUGACCCAAGAGCUGCUAAAGGAUCCUCUAUUCCAAGCUAAUAUGGAGGAAAAUCUUACAAAAUUCUUGCAAAACUUUUCAAGCAGUGAACACUUCCCCAUGUUUGUUACUCAUUUGACGGAAUCCGAGAAGAAUGUUUUAAAGUCCAUACAAGUUGAAGUGGCAUAAAUUUGAAUUUAUUUCAUUAUCAACUAUUUUUUGUUUGCAAAUUCUUUUUCUAAGUGUUAUACUAGAAUUAUGUAUUUCUUUGAUUAACUAUUCAUUUACUAAUUUAUGCUUUUAAAGUACUUUUUACAUGUAUUUCAAAUAAAUUGUAAUUAAAAUACUCAAACAAA